GGACAAGGCUGCGGAUCCUGCGCAUGCGUUUACUCUGCUGCGGGGCUCGCGCCGCGUUUGGUCAGUUUCUGAACCGCUCUGAGUCCGUGCUGUCGACCUGGGCCUACUCGGCUGCAUCUCUCUGGUAGUCCUCCUGCUCAGCCCCGCGAUGCCGGUGGACCUAAGCCAGUGGUCUGGGCCCUUGUGCCUGCAGGAAGUGGAAGAGCGGCCGCAGCACCCGCUGCAGGUCAAAUACACUGGGGUGGAGAUCGACGAGCUGGGCAAAGUGCUGACGCCCACCCAGGUUAAGAACCGGCCCACCAGUAUUACAUGGGAUGGUCUUGAUUCAAGUAAACUUUACACCUUGGUCUUGACAGACCCGGAUGCUCCAAGCAGAAAGGACCCCAAAUAUAGGGAAUGGCACCAUUUCCUGGUGGUCAACAUGAAGGGCAACGACAUCAGCAGUGGUACAGUUCUCUCCGAUUAUGUGGGCUCUGGGCCUCCUAAGGGCACAGGCCUUCACCGCUACGUCUGGCUGGUUUAUGAGCAGGACAGGCCACUGAAGUGUGAUGAACCCAUUCUCAGCAACCGAUCUGGAGACCACCGUGGCAAAUUCAAGGUGGCAUCUUUCCGUAAAAAGUAUGAGCUUGGGUCCCCAGUGGCCGGCACGUGUUACCAGGCAGAAUGGGAUGACUAUGUGCCCAAGCUCUAUGAGCAGCUGUCUGGGAAGUAGGGGAAAGCCAGGAGACAAGUAUUGCCCCGGGGGCCCCAAGCAGUGUUCUCAAGUUCAGUGAUGCAUGUAGAUUUCUCCUUUUCCCUGUUCCCAUUCUCACAGGCGAGACCUGAGCAGAUAGUGGUGUAGGGUAACUUUUCCUUCUGCCUAUCAUUUCUAAUUGUACUGGGUUACACACCCUGGUUUAUGUUUUGAUCAAAUUUGGACUCCAUUUUGGGGGCUACUUUGGUACUAUGAUGUGGUCAUCAGAUUGUUAAUAUAAGAAGGGCAACCCAGAAUUUAAAAGAGAAAAAAUUUAGGUAAGAAGAAUAGUUCUACAGUAGUAGUGUAGAGCAUCAAAAAAUCUUUUAAGGGCGAUAAAGAAAAAAGGAUUCAUUGCCUCUGCCAUUGUGAGCCUGAAUCAGCAUUGUGCAUGGUAGCAUAUCCUGAGAUAUGUUUUCACGGUCUUCUCGCUCCCCCGGCAUGUCCGUUAAGCCCCAGUAUACAUCUCGGGUUGUUACUAGGUGUCAGUAUUCUGCUCCAGCUCCCUCAACGAGCAGUAUGGAAAAGAGCAAUAGGGAGCAUCGCUUUCCCAUUGAGGCACAGCCGUCCAGAUGAGCUGCAGGGCUGGGUGGGAGGUUAUCAGAAAUCCAUGAGUCUGCCUGUUAAAUUGACUACUCUUCAUUGGUGUAACAAAAGCCAGUCUGGAGUUGCUGAAUGUCAUGUUAAUUCUGCUGUUUGCUUAUAGUUGAAUAAAAAUAAAAACCUUGUGUGGACAAA